CAUGAUUCGAGGUCGACUUGAGCUGUGUUUGCCCGUUGGGUGGGGAUGGGAAUGGGGAUGCGUCGGCGCUUACUCUGAUUUUUUGGAGCUCGAGCGACAGGAUUCAAGUUUCCUGCAGCUGUUAUUAGCCAGGUGUAUCAAGCCAUGAAGCUGAUGAAUUAUCAGGUGGUCUUUGCUAAGCACCCAGGUGUGAACGGCUCGCCGGCAGAGGACAACUUCCGGUACGAGAGCUGCGAGUACCCUGCCGACCCGGCCGCCGGCCAUGUGCUUGUUCAGAACCUGUACCUGUCGGUGGAUCCGGCCCAGAGAUGCCAGAUGAACGAGGCGAGCGGUGCGGAUUACUUGCUGCCGUGGCGAUUGGAUGAGCCAGUGCCCGGUCUCGGCGGAGUGGGCAAAGUGCUGAGCAGCAACCACGCCGACUUCCGGUCCGGUGACGUCGUCAUGUCCGGCUUCUUUGAAUGGCCGUGGCGGCUGUAUUCUCCAUCGACGCCUCCAAGAUCAGGAAGGUGCGGUUACGGCCGCUCUGAGAAGGACGAGCCGCGGCCGCGCACAUCCGUCCACCAGCAGUUCGCCAGCGCCCCUAAGACACUAGCAGUUCCAGUGCUCCAGGACGCGGGCUGA